AUUGUAUGAAGUGUUAUUCGCCUCUUCAGUUUAAGACAUGAACAAAACCUUGCCAUUAAUACCUCGCCGGACAAUCACCCCAUCUGCCGGCACCGUUAAUCCUUGGCCGCUGCAUACGGGGCUGCUACUGUGCUGAACAUACUUGAAGAUGACUAGAAAAUCUGGCGAAGUAUCAUCACCCAGGUCCAGCACACACUCAGCCAACGGCCUAGCGGCUCCCCUCCUACAACCUUCUGCGGAAGCAGCGGACGCAGAUGUCCAGGCGGGGCGAUCAGAUGCGGCCAAGGAGCUUUCCAGCCUCUCCCGGCUGGCGGGUCCGCUCAUCCUCCAAAACCUGGCGGGCUACACCCUCUCCGUGGUGUCCACCGCCUUCGUGGGCCACCUGGACGACCCGGUGGCGCUCAGCUCCGCGGUGCUGGCGGGCUCCUUCUACAACAUAACGGGGUACAGCCUGGUGAUAGGGCUGUCGGCGGG